AAAAAUGGCUUUUAAGUUGUUUGUAGUUCUCGUGGCUGUGGGUAUUCCCAUGAUGGUUCAAGGUUAUUCUUCAGGUGCUCCAGCUGAAGAGUGUUCGACAAUGACACCGCGUCAUGGUGUCGAACCACAGACUGGCCCUUCACCAUAUGAUAUUAUUCUGGAUAAGAAUAACAUCAGAGCUGGCGAAACUGUCGGCAUCACAAUUCGUGGACGUAGUAACGAUGACACAUUUAAAGGACUUUUAGUGCAAGCACGCGUUGGCGACACUCCGAUCGGAAGUUUUGAUGUUUCACCCAGUCGUCAAUACAUUCAAACCUUGAGUUGCGGUAACGGUCGUAAUAAUGCUGUAACACACAAAAAGAUUGAUCAAGGUGUACAUGAAGUGAAGCUUUAUUGGAUAGCACCAAGUAAAUUGGCUGAGCGUGUAAACUUCUAUUUCACUGUCGCUAAGAAUGGCGGAGUCUUCUGGGUCGCUCAGAAAUCAGAAACUUUAAAUGUCAAGUAAAUUCUAAGAAUUUCAAAUCUUGUUUUUGUUUAUGUCUAUAAUUUUAUUUCAUUUCGCUUUGAGACAAAUCAUGAAUGAACACUUGAUUUUUUAUCAGUUUUCUUGUUACUCUAAACAUU